AUGGAAUCCUCUACCACCAACACGACCACGCCACCGGCGGCAGCCGCCAGCAAGCGGAGGCGGAACGCGGCGCUGCCCCUAGGGGAUCUGACCAACCUCCUCCCGAGCACCCCCGUCCCGAGAAACCCUAGCGCCAAGCGGCCCCUCCGGCCGCCGCGCUCCGACGCCUCCGCGUGCAUCUCCUCCGCGUCGGCCACGCCCGUCUCCAAGGCCUCUUCCGCCGCCGCUGUUGAGGAGCCGGGUUUGGUGAAAUCGCCCAUCUCGACGAUUUACACGAGUCGAGGGACCCGGGGGAGGAGAAAUCCCACCAGUGUCAAGGCGCCUUUUCCUACUGGAGCAGCAGCAAGUUGCCCCCCUCUUGGGAAAGCUACAAGGGCCGGCAGUCACUCAACUAAGAAAGCCCCAGCAGCUCAGGAUCCUUGUCCUAUUUCAUCCUCAGCUCCUUGUCAUCAAGCUAAAAAGAAGAAGAGGCAGUUGGGGGUGGAGAACUCAUCUUCUGGCAGACCCAAGUUACCAGAUGAUUUCGUCGAGAAGCAGAGAGCAUACUUCCAGGAGAUCGACGCCUUUGAACUGCCGGAGGAAGAGGCCUCAGAAACUGACUGA